UGUAUAUAUAUAUAUAUACACGGUACAUAAAUAUUGAACGAGUCACUUUGCGAAUGAUGAAUUGUUAAUUGAAUGCAAAAAAAAAGAUUGUAUUGAAAUAACAGAAUUUCUAUGUAAAAACGAUGAAUUUAAUUUUUUAUUAUCUUUACCUGCAAGAUACAUUGAAAAUAUAAAAUUCAUAAAAAUUUAGGAAAUUCUAGGGAAAUAAUUUCUGGUAGCGAUGUACAGCACUCUACAAAAAUAGCUCAAAUUGUAUAUAUGGCGCGAAAUAGUUGCAAAUAGUCUCACGUUCUUUAAAUGUUAUUUCUAACAAUUCACGCAAAAACUAAUAAAUACAAUCAUGGCUGCAUCCUCAGACGUUGCUACGAUCAAAUUACAAAGAUAUUUGAACAUGCCAUUGGUUCAAAGAUGCAAGGAAAUAGCGACACUAAUAGAUGAAUCGAGCACAACAGAAUUACAACAUGUGUUUUCAAUAUUAAUAGACUCAUUAUUUGGAAUAACUGAUAAUAUUGGUUGGGGCUUACACAGCAUCACUUUUAAAAAAUGUGCAUAUGAAUAUGAAACACUUUGUAACUUCCUUAAUCCACAAGGACCAGUUUUUUCUUUAUGUUAUAAAUUAUUGCCAGACUGUUACUUGAAAUACAAUUUUCCAGUUUCAUUCUUACCAUCCUUAAUAGUUAUACAUAUCCUUUUGAAUAUUACAUCUUCCAUUUUGCAUAUCAUCUAACAAACCCAUGGUUGCAAGUGCAACAGCAAGAGAAUGUCUGGGUUAAUUGGGAAACUGUUUAUGUUCAAUUAGCACACUGUUAUUUAUACCAUUUUCUACCUAGAGAUAAUUCUUCGGUUUUGCCAAUAAUUAGUCCAUAUAUUAGAAAAACACCUCAACGAAAAUUGGUACAGUCACCUGAAUCUAAGAGAAUGCAAACACCACGACUAUUGAGGACGUCAAUAUUAUCACCAGGAUCUCCGAAUUCUCCUUCGAGCGUUCCACAACAACAAUGUUUGCCAGAAGUUUGGAGAAGUGAGACUGUAGUUCAAGUAUUUCUUGACUUUUGGGUAGAAUAUGUAGAGGAUCCUCAAUUAAAUCCACGAUUGAACACAUCAUAUUCUGCAUCCAUUCCGCGUCGGCACAGCAUUCAUUCCGGAGAGCACAUACGUCUAGUGCGGGCAUUUAUAAAAACUUUACAUGAAUUUGCAAAUAGCGCAACAGGCGACAAAAGUGCGAUGGAUGAACUUAAACGAAUUAUUUUACCAUCUGUUCAAGGCAAAAUCUACACAUUCCUUCGAAAAGCCAUACAUCAUUGGCCACUAGAUAGUUCUUUUAGAUUAAUUCUUGAAGCUUGGUUGAGCUUCAUUCAACCAUGGAGAUACUUUUCUGGCAUAACAUUUAGCAAAGAAGGUAAAGUCGAAGAAGAAGAAAGAGGGAAGAUACACGAUGCAUAUAGAUGGAUGCCUUUCAUCGCUCAUAAUUUGUUAGCCUACACGGCAAUAUUUCAACAACUACUUCCGCGAUUUAUGAGAACAGAUCUUAUAGCUCCAAAGAACGCAUUGAUGUUAUUCAGAGUUACGAAAGUUUUCUCACAACCAUAUUUAGCAAAAAUAAUAUGCGAAAUAGAAAGUCACAUGGACGAUGUUGGAUUAAGCAGAAGUCGAGUAUCUACAAAUCAAUGGGCUUCAACUGUACGACAGCAAAUUUUAGAGCUCGAAGGACCGACAUACCAAUAUGUUUUAAUGUUUUCUAUGGCUACUAUUUCACAGGUCGUAUGUUUAUUAAGCACAAUUAAACAAGCACAUUUGACAGCAACUAGUUUGGUCGAUGCACUAGAAAAGAAGAGGAAAAAUCGGCCAUUUUUAUUAACGUUAUGGGAAUUUUUUAACGGUGAAGAUUAUUCUUCAGAUGAUAUUAGUAUAGAGGAAAGACGUCGCGUACCUAUUUAUCUAGCAAAUGCACAGCAACAAUUAAUUGAAAUCUUCGAGAUGGAUUCUAGUUUAGAUACAAGUAAACCAGGUAUUUUUGUACCUGAUCAAAAAGAUAGACAAACGUGUAAAUAUAUCGAGUACAUGGGAGAUCCGGAAUUACAACCAGUUCGAAGUAACGAAUGUGCAUUUCUUGUUAGAAAUUUAUAUAAACUCUGUACAUACAUAAAUGUGAAGUAUCGAUACAAGAUAACUAAUAUGUAUCAUCGAAGUGGUUUUCUUGGCAAUAUUUCUCGACAAAUACUACAGUCACCAACGAAAGUCGUAAAGCUACCAAAACGAACACAGAAUGGAUUUUCUAGCGGGUAUGAAGAACGCAUUCCGCCUCGAUUGAGUUUACGGCCUUUAGCUAAUUACAAUCUACUUGUAACUAUAAGCCUUGGAACAUUUAUUGCUUGGUUUACAAACUAUGGAAUCUUUAUGUUUUUUGGAUUCGUCUUUGUUCUAUGGUUCGUAUACAUAAUAAUACGAGCAAUGUUGGAGCCGUGGACACGAUCGACCACAUUCAGGGUCAAUACAUUUUCUGUAAAUUGAUCAGUCAUAAAAUUGUUAUAUUGUAUAUUGUAUGAAAAUUGAUAAUGAUAUUCCAUACAAUUUCAAAUGUUUGAAAUGUCGAACAAUAUUCAAUACAAAUUUUAAUGUUUAAAAUGUCGAAUGUAAUUUAAAAUUAAUUUAAAAUAGAUUAUACAUUUUCUUA